AUGAAACCGAUAAUUGUGAGUGGGGACUUGAUGAAAAUCUUUAAAUUUUGAAAGUUAUGAAGAAUUUUUGUUAGCAGCGAUAAGAACUGAAGAAGAAAUACUGGAUUCGGGGAAAAUGUUCAGAUUCUCACUUGGUGCCAAUUCAAUUGGUUGCCUCAAUCAGGAAGCGAUAUUGGGAAGAGAGUCAAAAAACCAAAGAUAAGAGAGCGGGAAGAACUUGAGCAGAAUUGGAGCAAAAAGUUAGGCAAGAGUUCAAGCAGGAAUUUAAGAAAUGAAAUCGGCUAA